AUGGGUAAUACAACAUGGCGAUUUCAGGGGUAAGCGGCUUGUCUAGCGUUUCCCAAACAUGACUUAUAAACAAAGAAAAGAGCUCCUUUCUCCAUCAUCGGAAGACUUUGACGACGUGGUUCAAGUUGUUAUGUGAAGUUGAAGUCAAUCUAUGGCGUAAAGCUGAGUAUUUUUACCCAGGAAAUGAGGAGAAUCAAACGAGCUCUCUCACUCAAAGGCAAGGGAACAGAUGAUACACUUUCCGAACUUGCGGAGCAAAUGUCAUUUGAUGUGAACGGCAAAGACAAUGGAUUUGAUCACCACAAUGGACCAUUAAAAGAUGACAUAGAAGGUGGAAGAGGAUUUGAGGCGGCCGAUGAAUUCCUCCAGGUACCCAUGAGGAAACCGCGCUCAAAAUCAACUGUUUCAGCACCUGGUGGUUCCAGCAAACGACUCUCCUUACCUGUUCUUCAUUAUGGGUCGUCAUUGACUGAUAUUUCAAUGAGGAAAAGCCCAGCCCAUCGUACAAGGAGCUCAACAGAGUUUGGCUCACACAAGAGUCCUCCCUUUGGCAGUGAACAGCAUCUUAGUCGAAGGAGCAGGAGGAUGUCCCUGUCUGAACUUGGUUACGGAAAAAUGGAAACUUAUGUCAAGUUGGACAAAUUGGGCGAGGGUACAUAUGCGACAGUUUUCAAGGGGAAAAGCAAGCUUACAGAUAACUUAGUUGCGUUGAAAGAAAUCAGAUUAGAACACGAGGAAGGUGCUCCAUGUACAGCUAUCAGAGAAGUGUCGCUCUUGAAAGAUUUAAAACAUGCAAAUAUUGUCACUCUUCAUGAUAUUGUACACACUCCGAAGUCGCUGACGCUAGUUUUUGAAUAUCUGGAAAAAGAUCUGAAGCAAUACAUGGAUGAUUGUGGAGGAAUAAUGAGUAUGAACAACGUCAGAAUAUUCCUAUACCAGUUACUAAGAGGACUUCAUUACUGUCAUAGCAGAAAAGUUCUCCACAGAGAUCUUAAACCCCAAAAUCUUCUCAUAAACGAUAAAGGAGAACUAAAACUCGCAGACUUUGGCCUCGCAAGAGCGAAGUCAGUACCUACUAAAACAUACUCCAAUGAAGUCGUAACGUUGUGGUAUAGACCGCCAGAUGUUCUUUUGGGGUCAACGGAAUACUCAACACAAAUCGACAUGUGGGGUGUGGGGUGUAUAUUUUUUGAGAUGGCGACGGGAAGGCCUUUUUUCCCCGGAUCUACCGUGGAGGAUCAGCUUCAUUUAAUUUUCAAGACGCUGGGAACCCCAACGGAGGAAACGUGGCCUGGAAUCACAACUAACGAAAUUUUUCUGUCAGGACGAUUCCCAUUUUACCCAAGGGAACAUCUUAUCAAUCACUCUCCAAGACUUGAUAAUUCAGGGCUCGACUUACUUGAAAGAUUUGUCGAGUUUGUUGUGAAGGACAGAAUAUCAGCUUGGGAUGCAAUGAGACACGAUUAUUUCUUUUCUUUGGGCAAAAAAAUUCAAGAGUUAAAAAAUGAGGAAACAAUUUUUGGUAUGGAUGAUAUUAGGUUGGCUAAGGACCCGGGCUACAGACCUGUGGGAAGAACGGGUAUUGGUCCUGGUAGAAGACGGCAGAGUAUGCUAUUUUAGUACUCAGUACGUCUUGUAUUCGCGCGGAGUCUGGUACUUGCAAGGAAUCAUCGGGGCUGGUUACCUCAGAAACCUACGUAGUUACGACUUCACACUUCACGCAAUCAAAGGAAGGUUUUAUCCAACUAGUUACAAUUUUUAUUAAUUUUUAUAUGAAAAUAGAGAGUUUUAUUAAACUCUGAAUGUUCCGUUUUGGUAGAGGAAGUUCUUGGCGGAGAAAAACAUAUUUUGAUUGAUGGAGAGAUGAAAAAUUUAACUGAACAAUAACUUGGAUAAGCGAUGAAAAAAGAAUGGAAGCAGACCGAAAACUAAAAUGACCGGCCAAACGACCGACAACUUUUUAAAUUGAAACAGAAUUAAUUUCGUUCUGUUUGUUUCCGUUGCGAGGAAUCUUUCUCUAUACGUCAUCAAACGGUCGAUGCUCGUUGGAGCCAACAUAGCGGUCAAACGUCUGCGCAUGUGUGAAUGCUGUAAUGAGUUGGUGGCGAAGUUGUCUCCCACAUUGCAAACAACCAC